AUGCCGUUGGGGGGCCGCAUGUCCGCCCUCUCCGCCGCCAACUCCCCCACUGACCGGAAUGUUCUAUUCGGCAUUCUGGGCUCGCACCCUCGGCUCGGACGGCCCGCCGCUAACCCCGAGCAUCUCAGCGAACUGAGCAAAAAGGAACAGGCCCAGCUGCAGACCGGCGCCGAGGAACAAGCCGAGAAAUUGCGCGAAUUGAAUGCCGAGUAUGAGGAGCGAUUCCCCGGACUGCGCUUUGUGUCCUUCGUCAACGGUCGCACUCGCGAUGUGAUCAUGGUGGAAAUGCGUCAACGUAUUGACCGAGGAGACAAUGACCGGGAAAUUGCGGAGACCAUCCAGGCCAUGUGUGAUAUUGCAAAGGAUCGAGCACGUAAACUACAGGCGCGCAUCUAA